CAAAAAAAAAAAAAGGAAAGAAAAUAAAGGAAAAUAUUUUUUUUCCCCUGUUUUGCAGAGAGCCAAAAGAGGGCGAAAAUGGAGGCGUGGGUCCCACUCUUCGACAUUUUCCUGAACUCUCCGGCGCCGGAAUCGGAAGCUUCAAUGUGGUUACACGGAUCUUCUGGUGCCUCAUCAUCAGCCGAGACUCCGAUCACCACAGCCUCAUUCCUCUCGUUGCUAAUGAAACCCUUCGACGCCAUUGUCGUUGACAACUCUUCUUCUUCUUCAUCUUCUUCCACAAGGAGGGUUAUGUUUGUACAGACUCUUCCCAACAUGGUUCAGGCGCGGAUUUUGUCCUUUCUUGCCGUGGAACGACAGAGGUUUUGCCGUCGGGAUUUGCGAAGGUUGGCACGGGAUGUCCUGAGUGGUAAAGAUGGCCUGGAUUUUUGGGUAGAGAAAGCCGCGCGCAAUCUGUUCGACGCUUUGUCUGAGUCGGAUUACAAGUGGAUUUCGGGCUUGAGCUUGGAUUCUGGGGAGGAGGCAGUGGAGGAUGAGUUCGAGUCUGUCCCCAGUUGGCUCAUGGAAUCUUUGGCAAGUGCCAGUAAUUGGCUUCCGUGGCUUCCUAUUUUGGAUGAGGAUUUGAGGACUUUGUAUGGUAAUUCUGGGAAGAAUGAAGAUAUUUUGGAUCAAAUUGGAGAGGAUGCGGAAGAAUUAAUGGAUGAAGUCAUGGACGAAGUUGAGAUUGAUCACCCCAUAAAUGAUUCCUUAGGACCUGAAAUUCAAAAUAAAGCAGCUAAUCUGAAAGCUCAGAUCACGAAUUUGGAAUCAGCUUCCAAAACUGUAGACCUAGCGAAUGAAAUUCGGGAACUUUGCUCUAAAAACGGUGGAGAUUCUUUAAUGAUUUUGGGGCUGACUGAACCUUGGCUUGUGGAUGAUGAAAUUGCUUCAGUUCUGUUGUCUCAUCUUUCAAAUGGUAGUGAAGAAGAGCUUAAAUGGCCAAGCCAAGUUCUCUGCUCAAUUGUCCUUCCCAAAUUGUUGGCUCUUGAAGAACCAGCGCCUCGUGUUUUACUGACUGCAACUAUAGAGUACUGCAAGCUCCAUCAGAGGGCCGCUGAAUAUGCCCUCUUGCUUCCGUUGAUUCUCCGCAAAGACGGCAUCAACAACCCCAUAUGCGAUGUGAUCAUGAGGAUUGUCAAGGAAUGCUUGCACCCAGCUCAUGUUUCUGCCUUCUUUCAGAAGCUGCUCUGCGGAGAUAAUGAUGAGCGGAGAGUCAUCUGUCAGCCAUGCCACCAGCAUCUCAUAUCCGAUCAAAUUGUAUGGACAGAAUCAGUUUUUGGUCUGCUGCAAAAUAUUUUGAUUCAUUAUGUUUGUUUUACUCAGGAUUCAGUUGAUCAUAUUGUUUACCAAGUUCAGCAUUCGGCUGGCAAAUUUCCCAAAUCUCUGAAAUUUGGAAACUUUUUGUUGUGUUUAGUCACUAAAUGUUCUCCCCUAUUGAAGUCUCAUAGGCGUGUAUUGACUGAAGCAGUUGAGAGAACCAAUACCCUUGUGACAAAAUCCAUAUUAUCUAAAUUGUCUGCUAUGUAG